GCAAAAUACAUUUAGUUGUAUUUAGCUACCGGCUAAUAAACAGAUAAACGAUACGGUGAAAAACUAAAAUUGUUGCAACAUGAGAUUUUUAACAAUUUCGAUGUUUCUGCUAUUGGCAGUGAUGUGUGUAACGGUUAGUGGCAAAAGUAUGGGAGGCAAAGAUAAACCAGUAGCAAAUGCCGAAAAUUCUUCAACCAACAACAUGAUGACGAUGAAUUCAGAAGAGUCAAAUGAGGAAGAUAAACAGAAACCAGGAAAAGAAAACAAUGAAGACAUGAUGAUGUCAUCAGCAACGUCCAGCAGUACAACAAAGAAGCCUAAAACAAAAAAGGAUGAAAGUAAAACCACAAUGUCACCAAUGGACGAAGAAGAUAAAAUAAAUAAAAAAGAAAAUGAUGACGAAGAAGAGGAAGAUGAAAAAAUGACUUCAACUACCACCAAAAAACCAAAGAAAUCAAAAACUACUCCAGCUGUAAAGAAAACUACUACAACCACCACCACAAAAAAACCUGAAACCAAACCAGAAGAUGAAAAUAAUGCAGCCGAAGAAAAAGAUGAUGAUGAAGAAAAACAACAAGAUGAAGAGGAUGAUGACGAUGAUAAUGAAGAGGAAGACGAUCCUAUGGAUAUGAUGACUUCUACUACUACCACCACAACAACCGAAAAACCUAAGAAAUCCUCUACUUCUAAGAAUAAAGAUACCACAACAUCCAGCUCAACUACCACCUCUACAACAACAACUACAACACCUCAACCCAAUAACCUAGAUGAAGACUUAAAAACCAUCAUGGAUGUAUGUAGAAAAUUGCGCAGCAAAAAGAAAAACAGUUCUGAAGAAAAUAGUUCCGAAGAUAACAAGAAACAUCAUCAUAGUUCCAAAAAAGAACGCAAACAGUUAAAGAAAUUGUGCAAAGAAAUUGCCAGACAGGAACAGCAACAACAGCAGCAGAAAGUUACAGAUGCCAUACAGCGUUUGGGUUCACAGCUGUUAAGUAGGGAUAACACAGAUAUGCCCAGAUUAAGUGAUGUCAUCAGACGUUUGGAACAUCAUUUUGCUGGACGCAGGCAUUAAGUUGAAACUUGAUAAAAAAUUUAUAUUACAUUUCUGAGAAUACGGGAAAUAAUUAACGUUUUAAGUUAAUUAAAUAAAUAUUUUAAAUAAAAUUAGUGUUUAUUGAUUCAAAUAUA